UUUUAUCAAAUAGUCUUGUUGGGAAUGAACCAGUCUAAUCUAGAAACCUACUCUGGCUGUGUUCUACUUUUUACACAUACCACUAAGCAUAUAGUCGGUAACUUGUUUAUUAUGUAACAUGUUAAGUUCCUUCACAUCUAGCUACAUCGAAAGCAGAUUUUUUUGUUGCAAGAGCUAAGAGACAUUUCUAGAUUUUGGUUAAUUUAAAUUGAUACUUUACAUGAUAGAGGGCCUACAAGUGAUGCACUGCAAGCAAAAAUGAGCUUUUUCUGCUGGUGCGUGUUAUACGCGCAAUAAAGUGGCCCUAUCUAUAAAGUGAGCCGGGUUAAGCUAGAGCUUAAGAUUGGUUGGUGCAACUAGGGAUUAAAAACUGAAGAGUGCCUAUACUAGUUUUGCAGUUCGAGAUCAUCAGAUGAAGAGGAAUUUAUUAUUGUACUUAGUUAGAAGAAAACCAAAAAUUUACAGACUAAGAACCAACUGUUUUGAAAAAUUUGAUGAUGUUGAUUUUUUUCGAAAAUUUAAUUUACGAAAACAGACAGUUUUGUUCCUUUUGCACAAAAUAGAAAGGCAAAUCUCUUUGCCUACUAAUAGUUCUAGUGACGAGAGUGUUAAAUCUUCUGGAGAAAGUAGCUCAAUUCGAAAAAAAAAUUAAAUAUAGCCAAACUUUUAAAAAAUCAUGGGCUGAAGAUGAACAAUUUAAAAAAUGGUUAAAACAGAGCAAAAAUGAAUACUUCGCAAUAUGCCAAGUUUGCAAUAAGGAAAUUUCAGUCAAGUCUACAGGACGACUGGCAUUGGUUCGUUACCAAGAUAUAGUGCGAUGCACAUUCAACACUGCAGAUCUGCGAAAAAUCAAACCACAUUAAAAGAUAUGGCAAUUUUUAAAGGAGGGUCUAGUCAACGUCAACAGGCUGCUAUAAAAGAAGCAGAGUUACAUCUUGCUGCUUUUAUAACUGAACACAAUUUGUCAUACAAUGUAAUGGAGCAUUUACCAGCUUUAAUGAAAAAUUUUUGUAAAGAUCCGGAAGUUGUAAAAAAAAUUAAAUGCGGUCGCACUAAAUGCGCUUCCCUUGUAAAAAACGUAAUUGGAAGGGGAAACGAAGAGGAAAUUUGUAGAAUUUUAAGCGGAUCCAAAUUUUCUUUAAUUAUUGACGAAUCCACGGAUCGUUCGUGCACACAAUAUCUGUGCCUUGUUUGCCGAUACCGCCAUAAUAAUAGAAUUCAAGAUAGUUUCCUCGCCUUGCUACCGCUUAAAGAGGCCAAAGCCGAGGAUUUAUACACAGCAGUCAGAAACUUCUUUAAUAAAAAAAUAUUCCGUAUCGACAAAAUUUAAUAGGAUUUGCAUCUGAUGGAGCUAAUGUUAUGGUCGGAAAACAUAACUUAUUUGUGUCCAGACUGAAAGCGGACAUACGACACGUUUACAUAAUAAAGUGUAUAUGUCACAGUUUCCACAUAUGCGCUUCAUAUGCAUGUUUAAAAUUGCCUAGAGGCAUUGAAAAUUUGGCACGUGACAUAUACUCUUAUUUCUCUAAUAGUCCAAAAAGAGUUGAAAUUUUAAAAGACUUUCAACACUUUUCUAAUGUAAAAGUACAUAAAAUCUUACAUCCUGCACAGACUAGAUGGCUCUCCAUCAAAUCUGUUGUCUCCAGAAUUCUGGAACAAUAUAGUCCAUUAAUUUUAUUCUUCACGGAUGCGUCUUUUAAUGACCGAACGUUGGCAUCGGAAAAUAUUUUAAUUAAGUUAAAGGAUCAAUUUACCAAAAUAUAUUUGCAAUUCUUAGAAUUUUCGUUGCCAUUUUUUAAUAACAUAAACCGACAGAUGCAGUCAGAAAAACCAGAGCUUCAACAAUUAUACAAAUGUGUCAGUGCUGUAUUGGGACCGUGCAAGUUCGGCAAAGCGACACCUAUUUCUACGCUCUGCAACUUUACUCGCACUUUUAAUUAUAUUGGCCAAUUAUAUUAGUCCUGGUUACU